AUGUAUUACGAAACUGAGCUACCCAAAAGAUGCUGUGAAGACUUAUACAUUCCUCUAGUGUACCAGCUUGCAGUUCUGCUGCGGAGCUCGGUACGCAACCUCUGGGGCCUAGCUACAAACGGCGAUAUGGUGCGGGAUCAACAACGGAAUUUCCCGCGCAAAAAACCGUUCGACUCACCCUGCACAUGUAGGUGGCCCUUCUCGAUCUCAGUUCCGAGCAAGAACCUCGAUCUCAGUUCCGACCAACCUGAGUUUUUUCUGGUGUCCACGCGUCAAUGCAUCUCACACGUAAAAUGUCAACAGGACAAAAAAUAUCCACCACCGGAGAACUAUCGCUCUGCCAUUGAUCUUUAUACUAUCACACCCUAG